CAGCAAUUGCUUACCCACCAAGCAAGCUUAGCUAUGUUCUGCGGGACCAUGGCGUGGCAAUUCCUGCCAACUAUGGCCACGGCAAGCAAAUGCCUCUGGCAGACCUCGUCGCCGCGGACAACAGUGCGCUGCUCCUCCUCGUCGUGGUCGUCGCCGACUCCACCGGCUCGCCGGUCAGCGAACUACCCUCCCAGCUCCUGGGAUUACGACUCCCUCCUGUGUUCGCUCGACGAUGGCAGCCAUGACACCCAUGAUCAGAUAACACGUGCACGCUUGGACGGGUUACGAGCUCGGAGCUUCGAGAAGUUGAAGGCCGGAGUGAGGGAGCGGCUGAUGGUGAUCAGCGGAAGCGACGACCAACCUGCAAAGCUCAGGCUCGUCGACACACUGCAACGGCUCGGCAUCGCCUACCACUUCCACGACGAGAUCACCGACAUCCUCACCACUAUCCAUAGUAGCUGUGAUGAGGAUGAUGCUGAUGACGUUGCUUCCGCGGCCUUGAGGUUCAGGUUGCUCAGGGACAGUGGCUUCCCAGUCUUCUUCCCAGCAGAAUCUCUGAAAAAUCUCAACCACAUACUAGAGGAUGUGAAGGGACUACUCUCGGUUUACGAGGCUUCAUACCUUGCAUUUGGAGGCGAGGAAACAUUAGAUGAGGCAAAAGCAUUUUCUAUAGAUGCUCUUAGAGAACUCUUGCCGUCCAUGGAUCACCAGGUACAACAAAGUGUAGUUCAUGCUUUGGACCUUCCAUUGCACCGGAGGUCUCCUAGACUAGAAGCAAGAUGGUUCAUAGAUCACUAUGCUAGUGACGUGACCAAUUCCGACCCGUCACUCCUUGGAUUCGCAACGAUAGACUUUAACCAUGUGCAAAGUGUGCAUCAGCAAGAACUUGUGAGACUCGUGAGGUGGAGGAAGGAUAUUGCCCUUGGCGACAAAUUGGGUUUUGCGAGGGAUCGUCUUAUGGAGUGCUACCAUUACGCAAAUGGAAUAGUGUGGGAACCAAACCAAGGAGCAUGUCGAGAAUCUCUUGCUAGAGUCGUUUAUCUAUCAGUUCAGUUGGAUGAUGUUUAUGAUGUGUAUGGAACUCUUGAUGAACUCAUCCUCUUCACUGAUGCCAUUAGGAGGUGGGAAGAAUGUGCCGAUGAACGGCUCCCUGAAUACAUGAAAGCACUCUACACCAUUAUGUACAAUACAUCAGGUGAAGUGGCUGAAAAUGUGUUAAAACAACAUGGUUGUGAUGUUCGCCAUGUUCUUCAAAAAGUGUGGGGUGAUUUGACCAAGUCAUACCUAGUGGAGGCAAAAUGGCACCAUGAAAACCAUAGACCAACACUUCAAGAGUACUUGGACAAUGGAUCAGUUUCGUCCACUGGGCCACUACUGCUUCAACAUGUGUUUCCCCUACUUAGCACGGAGGAAAAACUCACCUCAGAAUCUCUUGAUAAAGUUGGAAGAUACCCGAGAUUAGUUCAGUAUGCGUCAUUAAUAGUUCGGCUUUGCAAUGACUCUGCAACACACUCCGCCGAGCUACAAAGAGGAGAUGCACCAUCUUCCAUAGCUAUCCACAUGUCUGAGAAUAACUCUGGUGAGAAAAAGUCCCGCAAGGCCAUGGAGGACCUUAUUGUGGAUGCUUGGAAGUCAAUUAACGUAGAAGCCUCCGAAAAUUGUAAAUUUUCUGGACAUUUUGCCAAGACUUGCGUAAAUUUGGCCCGAAUUUCGCAUUGUGUUUACCAAGGUGGGGAUGGUUUUGGGGAACCAGAUUAUCAGAAGAAAAGGCAAAUCAGAGAAUUGUUCUUGGAGCCUAUCAGCAGUGAGAAAGAAUAAACACUGAAAACCCUAAAGAACAUAUUUGGCUUAAUUACUUUGAUUGUAUAGUCGAUAGGAAUGCCUAAUAAUAUGGUUGUAAUCGUUGUAAGUUUCUUGGUGGUUCAAGAAUAUUUGGGCUGAAUAUAAAGUGUUAGG